AAUUGCGCAGAGGCUGUCUGAGGUCGAAAGAUUCAAGAUGGACGCUUUGGAGCAGAAUGAUUACGACGUUUUCAGGCGAGAUCGUUACAGGGUUGCGGUCUCAAAAGAAUUUGAGCACAACAGAAGAAUUGUUAAAAGUAUAGAUGAUGAUGAUGAUGAAGCUGAGGACUUUGAUGAUUUGGAAACAUUGCGGCUUGCUGCCUUAAAGAGCUUGGGCACAAAGAAUUCUUAUGGGAAACGGCAAUCAGCUUCGGCAGAUGUGGGAGAUAGACGGCGUGUAAGUCUAGGACGAGAAGAAAAAUGUGAUUUGCAGAUAGUUGCCCUUGAAAGACAGGACAGCUUCUCCUCAUCAAGUACAGAUUAUGAAGAAAUUGACCUUAGCGAGAAGUCAUACCAUGAGUCAGUUGGUAAUGAGAGUGACUUGGAUGUUGAUAAUUCAGGUAGUGAUGAUGAUUUUCAAAGCAAUUCCCCCAAAAGUGAUCAGGAAAUGGAUAUUGAAGAGGAUUCAGAUGAUGGUCUAAGUGAAGAUGAUAAUGCUAAAAGUGAUCUUGUUUUAACUGAAGAGUUUGCAGUUGAAAAUGACACUUUUGUGGAUCAGAAAGAUGUUGAUGACAAUGAUAUUCUCACUGAUGAAGAUGAUGAGUUUGAUAAUGUCUCAAAUGAUGGUGAAGAUGUGGAAGAAUUUAACAGAGACUCGGAGGAUAAUUUGGAAAAUAAUUCAGAACAGUCGGAAGAUGAAUUGGCAAACUCUGACAAUGAAAUCAGCAUCUCAAAUGACAUUAGUAUUACCAUUGCCAAUGAAUCACUUGUGCUGAGCUCUGAUGUCAAUCUGGAAAUUGUGGAUGGUGAGGACGAUACUAACAGCAAGUUGAACCAAGUUGAUGGAAGUGCUGGAGAAAGUGUAAACGAGAGUAGUUUGUCAUCUUCACAACGCAUCAUUGUUAGUUGGUCAGACAGUGAGAAUGAGAAGGACAACCACGUUGUGAAUAAAACAAAAGUGCUGGAAAAAAAUCACUCAAACGGAAGUCAAAUAAAAAAGGAUGAAGUUAGCAAAAGGGAAAAUCCUGUGGUGGCAUCUGUUACGGUGAGUACCCCUUCUGAAAACAAAAAAACUGAGGUAUCACCUGCAAAUCAAAUAAAAAUGAAAGAUGUGAUAUCAAAAAGUGAAAAAAAUACAAUUUUAACUGUCAAGAGUCUACAAGAAGGAAAGAAAAGCAAUUCCAAACCUUUUACUGGAGAGAAAUCAGGAAUUGCAACCUCAUCAAACUUUCAAAACAAGAAAGAUUUACCAUCAAAGGAACAGUCGCAGGGGAAGGACAAAGAGAACCUAAACAACAAACAAGUGAUACAAAAGUGCAGCGAAAUUGUGUCAGUCAAAGCUGUUGGUCUGGAAAACAAAGCUAAAGCUUGUAGUGAGAAAGCUAUCAGUCUUGAAAACAAGGCCAAACCUUAUAGUGAGAAAGCAAUCAGUCAUGAAAACAAUGCAAAAGCUUGUAGUAGGAAAGCUAUCAGUCUUGAAAACAAGGCCAAAGCUUGUAAUGAGAAAGCUACCAGUCAUGAAAGCAAGGCAAAGGCAUAUAUUGAUAAUGAAACCAAGUCACUUGACAUAGAGUUGAAAUCAGAGGCUAAAAAUGAGGAGAAAAUGGACUUUGAUCAGCUUAGCAUUGAGGAUGAAGACAGUGAUUUUGAAGAAGAGGAGGAGAGUCCUUCUGCAGUUAAAUCUAAAGUAGGAUUGAACAAAAUACCCAAGAGUGAGUGUCGUAGGAAAAGGAGGAGUGACUCCAAAGAAAGUGACAGAAAAAAACGUUCCCAUUCACCAGAAAGAUCUCGUACUUCAUCGUGUUCAUACUACAGUCACUCGCAUUCUCAUGACAGACUGCGAGAUCAGCGCUUACCAAACAGAUCGAGGGAGAGACCUAAUCAUAGAAGGUUACGUUCACCGUCAGCAGAUAGAAAACAUAGAAGGCAAAAUUAUAGCCAUCGCCAGAGAAGUCGUAGCAGAGACAGAAAACAUGAAAGAAUUUCUAGAGACAGCAAAAAUAAUAGGCAUUACCGUUCUCGCUCCAGGUCAGACUCGCAAGCAAGGAGCAGAAGAACAAUGAGACCAGUUGAGUCAAAUGUAGAAAAAUCAGACAAAAGAGACAGUGUGAAAAGUGAGGUUAAAAAACAUCAGGACAGGAGAGAUAAAAGUAAAGGGAAAGUUAGUGCAACACACUCAUCAAUGUCACCAAGAAAAGAGAUGAGAAAUCAGGAUAAAGGUGACAAGGAAAAAAUUGUCAAAGUAAGAGGAGCUACUUCAACAGUUAAACAAAGUGCCAGUGGAAGCAAAAGUAUUUCAAAGUCUACAAUUCAAAGGGAUGUGGAUGGUGUAAUAAUUGUAAAACCCAAAGACCUGAGGUCUCGACUUUCAGAAAAGAAAGUAGCUGAGAAGAAAGCCACCCAGGUUGAGGAGCUUAACCAAAAGGAAUCCCCAAAAAGGGAGACAAAAAAAUUUGCAAGGGAAAGAGAACUGGAUGCCCGUAUUCAACAGAUUAAACAGAGAAAUGAAGUAAUUCUGAAGAGAGCUAAAGAAGUCCAAGCAGAGAAAAAGAAAUUUAGUUCAUGACAAUGAAAAAUUUCUUUUAUGUUUUUGGACAAUUAUUGUUUUCUCCAUUCCCAAGUCAAAUUUUGAUUGGGUAGUAAAAUUGCCUUUCUUAGCAAAAGAAACAGUUUUAAUGCUCUGAAAUUGUUAUUUCCCAAGAACUUACAGCAAUUAUGAUUAUUUUUGUUAGCAGAACCUAGGUUUACUGAUUAGUGGCUGAUAAAUGCUUAUUUAGAUUUCCCAGCAUUUUUUACAAAAUAGUGUAGAGGUUUUUCAUGUAGCUGUAGGUUUUGGCUGUACAUUUUGUAGGUGUUCAUGGGCAAAAAUAUUGCAACUCAACUUUUAUAAAAUAAUAUUUUGUCCUUCUAAUGAGGCUAACACUUGUUUCUGUCAAAAUGACAAGAGUUUCUUUUUACUCACCCUCAUAAAGCAUGACUGAAUAUGUAUUGACAGUGAGUAUGUAAAUAUAUCCUAUUAACCAAGCACAAGGGCCAUACUGGGAGAAUAUCGGCCCACGGUCUUGACAGUACGGACGCAGCGCAGCGAGGUCCAUACAAAAAAGA